AUGUCCAAAAGCCCAUACCGCAUCAUCAACCGCUAUAACCCCACAACAUUCAAGAUCAAUUACACGCCCGAAUACAAAACCUUCACCCAGCACCACAUUGCUACCGAUCGCUCACAUCCCUUGUACAUUGCCCAGAAGCGGCGGCAAGCUGAACGCUCCAAGGAGGGGCUGUGGUGGCAUGUGACAACGGGAGUCGAUCUAUCUAAAUCGAGCUGCGUGAGGACGUGGGCGAGGCGACGGCUGCGCAAUGCAGUACGCGAGGAGCUACAACAACGAGGCUACAACCAUGCUGGCACCCUGGUCGACACUGCAGCGUUGAAAGACAGGCCAGAACUAAUCAAUGUGCUGCGGCAGGGAAGGAGCUUGGAUCUCAAAGGCAGUCUGAGACUGCAUGUCCUGGCGCCACUGAUACCUGCAAAGUACACGGUUUUAUGUGCUGAGACGGGCGAGAUGAUUGAAAAGAUGCUGCAAGUGCUCACGGCUGAGUCGUAUCAGCAGCCGUCGUUGAGGAACACAGGUGCUCGUCCGCGAAAACAGCAGUUCCUGAUCAAGUCUUAG